GCUGCGGACCGGGCUCCGGGCCAUGCGCCGCCGCCUGUGGCUGGGCCUGGCCUGGCUGCUGCUGGCGCGGGCGCCGGGCGCCACGAGAACGCCGAGCGCGCCGCGGAGACCGCGCAGCUACCCGCACCUGGAGGGCGACGUGCGCUGGCGGCGCCUCUUCUCCGCCACUCACUUCUUCCUGCGCGUGGACCCGGGCGGCCGCGUGCAGGGCACCCGCUGGCGCCACGGCCAGGACAGCAUCCUGGAGAUCCGCUCUGUACGCGUGGGUGUCGUGGCCAUCAAAGCAGUGUCGUCAGGCUUCUACGUGGCCAUGAACCACCGGGGCCGCCUCUACGGGUCGGUUCCGGGAGCGCAUCGAAGAGAACGGCCACAACACCUACGCCUCUCAGCGCUGGCGCCACCACGGCCAGCCCAUGUUCCUGGCACUGGACAGGAGGGGGGGGCCCCGGCCGGGCGGCCGGACGCAGCGGCACCACCUGUCCACCCACUUCCUGCCUGUCCUGGUCUCCUGAGGCCCCGAGCGGCUCCUGAAGGUGCCCGGGCCGGCGGCGAGGGGCCCCAGCCACACCCGUUCUUCCCCUUGCUGGCUCCGUGAGCGCUGAGUGCCCACUGUGUGCAGGCACUGGGGACACAGCACAGGAGCCCCUGAGGGAGCCCCAGCCUGAGGGGCGGGCGGCCACCAGUCAGGUCCAGUCCUGAGAUGGGGCCUCGAGGAGCGAACGGCGCCUCCUGGGCUGAAGAUGCGGACCCUGAAAGGUGGAGGAGGUGUCCCCGGCAGGGCCCCGCGGAGGCAAGCGCUCAGGGGAAGGCAGGAGAGAGGAGAAGGGGAAGGGUGAGGAAGGGGCCGGGGGAUGGUGACGUAGACCUCGAAGCCGUUCCUGUCCCGGGAAUCUGCAGACUCGGUGCCUGACGAGGACAAAAGGACCUGCAGGUGGGACGGAGACGGGCAGGCAUUGGGGUGGAGGGUCCGGGGCCCCAGUGUCCUCAGGGGGUCCCCACACAGGAAGCGGGAGGGUGAGAGCCAGAGAGAGAUGGGAAUGGGCUGUGCUGUGGCCAUGACAGGCAGGAAGGGCCCCCAGCCGAGGGAUGUGGGUGCCUCCAGAUGCUGGGAAAGGUGGGAAACGGUCCCCUGGAGCCCCCCAGGGAGGGACAGGCACU